GGCGAGGUUGGGGUCGCGGUAACUCCCCAGGCUCUCCUUGCGGGGAUCCGGGGGGCCCGGGACCCGGGGCCGGCCCUGCCGCCGCGCCCCGCCCAGCUCUGUCCCCGCAGCCUCGCGGGCUGCCGGGCUUUGUGGUUCGCCCGUGCGGCUGGGCCCCAGCUGGGGGUGUCGUUACGAGCAUGUGCAGACAGCAGCCCAAGCCUUCAGGAUAAUUCCUUCAGCAGCACCGCUGUAACAGAGUGUGACGAAGACACAGUCUCCCUACAUGAAGACCAGACUGAUUGCUCCAGUAUCAGAGAUGAAGACAAUAAAGAAAACUACCCCGACGCCGGGGCUCUCCUAGAGGAGCCCGCGCCGCCGCCGUGGCGCGCGCCGCCGCAGCAUGUAGAGCAGACGGUGCUGGUGGACGGCGUGCUGCGACCCAGCAUGGGCAACUUCAAGUCCCGGAAGCCCAAGACCCUGCUCAAGGCGGAGAGCGGGAGGAGCCACGGAGAAAGUCAGGAGACAGAGCACGUGGCACCCAGCCAGCCAGAGUGUCGGGGGAGAACAGGAACGCCAGCUCACGAGAGUCCACAAAACCACUCUUUCAGGUGCCAAGAAACAGUGCGAGUUCAACAAAGAAUCGACCAAAGGGCUGCCAUUUGGUCAAAGGACAAUUUUGAGACUUGUCAGGACUUAAAUGAGAAUUCCUUGCUGAAGCUCCAAGCCCUGGAAACUGAUCUGUGCUCUGCAAUUUUGACAAACCAGGAAGAAGCUGCUCAGGUUCAUGGACCCAAGGACCCAACUCCAGCGUCGACCCAGAGCGUGCCUGUGGAAGGUGCAGAUGCUGCAGACCCUGCACCAGUCCACAAAGACGGGCAGAAUGAAGCAGACAGUGCACCAGAAGACCUCCAGUCUGUUGGGACUAGCAGGCUGCUCUGUCACAUCACUGAUGGUGACAACCCACUGCUGUCACCACGAUGCUCCAUCUUCAGCCAAAGCCAGAGAUUCAACUUAGACCCUGAAUCAGCCCCUUCUCCACCCAGCACUCAGCAGUUUAUGAUGCCCCGAAGUUCUUCACGGUGCAGCUGUAGUGAUGGCAAGGAUCCACAGACCAUUACCCAGCUCACUAAGCACAUCCAGAGUCUCAAGCGAAAAAUUCGAAAAUUUGAAGAAAAAUUCGAACAAGAAAAGAAAUACCGGCCUUCACAUGGUGACAAGACUUCUAAUCCUGAAGUCCUGAAAUGGAUGAAUGAUUUGGCUAAAGGUCGUAAACAACUCAAAGAACUAAAGCUGAAGCUCUCAGAAGAACAAGGGAGUACUCCCAAAGGCCCACCUAGAAACCUGUCCUGUGAGCAACGCGCAGUCCCCAGAGAGAAUGGGAAGUCAGAAGCUGUGGGUCCUGAGCCAUGCUCCCCUGGAGAGGAGACUCCAGAUGCUGUGUUGACAUGCCUGAAGGAGAAGAGAGAGCAGCUUCCUGCUCAGGAGGAUUCUAAGGUAGCUAAGCAAGACAAGAACCUCAUAAAGCCUCUUUAUGACCGAUACAGGAUUAUCAAGCAAAUCUUGUCAACACCUUCCCUUAUUCCAACAAUUCAGGAGGAAGAGGACUCUGAUGAAGACUGUCCACAGGGAAGCCAACAACUUCCUUUGCCAGAUCCAGCAUCUCACCUUCCUGUUGGUGACCACCUCACCUUCUCUAAUGAGACUGAGCCUGUUAGGGUCCUGCUGCCAGAUGAAAAAAAAGAAAUCAAACAACCAGCACUAUCCAUGUCCAAUUUACAUGAGGCUACAAUGCCUGUACUUCUUGACCAUCUCCGAGAAACUAGGGCUGACAAGAAGAGACUUCGAAAAGCCUUAAGAGACUUUGAAGAACAGUUUUUUAAACAAACGGGAAGAAGUCCACAAAAGGAAGACAGGAUGCCAAUGGCAGAUGAGUACUAUGAAUAUAAGCACAUAAAAGCCAAACUGAGACUAUUAGAGGUCCUCAUCAGCAAGCAAGAUGUGGCCAAAACAAUCUGAGGUUCAGGAAAUGUUUGUGCUCACUUUCAACCAAGAUAAGGUCAAGUUUAUUUUCCUUUGCCAUUCUUGCUAGGUAGUUUUGACAUAUUGAAAACUGAAGCACUUUAGUGGUAGUAUUAGCUGUUUUUAAGAAGGGAUGGCAAGAGUAACCAUCAAUGAGGAAGGAGGAUUUAAAUGGGGGAAAAUAUAACAGCUAACAGUAUAAUUGGAAAAAAAAUUCAGUCUCCUCCAUGCCAAGCAGAAAAUGCACAGUCAGUAUAAUUAUUUCAAAAAAAUCUUAAUAUUUUAUCAAAUCUAAAUAAUACUUGUUAGGUGGGCCACUUAUUAAGGAAAGCCUAUUUAGUGUCUGGAAACUGCAUAUGUUAGUGUAUGGAAAAAGAACAUGAUUUUUAAAAAAAAUCAAUAAGAGGAGGAAAAGAAACUCUUCUUUUUAUGUAGGAAGGAAUACAGCUAGUAAGAAUGUAAUUUAUUUGAAAGUUCUAAUAGAUUUUUAAGUGAUAAAAACAUCUACCUUGUCCCUUAAGUCCGUUAGGCUAUUCAGUAAAGCAUACUAGAAUGUGUCACUGCUAAUUUUUUAUUUCUAUAUAAAAAUAGCACAUUAUUUUAUCUGUUAUUUGAAAUUUUACAUUUCUGGUUACCAAAGUUCAUUCUUAUAGCAUGUACUUUGUGAAUUAUCUUUGUCUAAAAUUGACAGAUGUUUAUAUUAAAAUAUUGUAUUAAAAUUUGAAAAUAGGUAUUUUGGAUAGAUCUGUGGUCUGCAGUAUAUAAUCUAAUGUGAUCAUAGUUAUGAUUGCUAAUCUUUUUGUUUACUAUAAGAGUAUAUAACUAUUUUUCGAUUGGGAAUAUGCAUAUUUCUUAAUGUUCCAAGGUCUGUGUAU